UAGUGAGUCAACGCUGUGAUGGCUCCCAAACAAAAUAACCCUCAUCCUCUGGCCGGCCGUGUUACAGCUGACACUCCCAGCUGGCUUGUCGACGGCCGGUGAGGUCAGUAAGAGAAUCCAGCUGUGUGUGGAUUUGCUUGUACCGUACGUGAAACAUCUGUAUUCGUCAAGCCAGCAGGGCGUCAUGUUUUUUUGCUAACUAUCCCCUGUAGCUAACAUUGCAAACCAGAUGCUAAGUAGGCUUUUUUGUUAUUGUGGCCUACAAAUGGCUCUAAAACAUUUUCCUUUGUUACAAAUUGUUUAAUAUCAAGCAUCUCCAUAUCCGUCCAUCCUUUAAGUGGCAAAUCAGUUAGCACACUGACAGAUUCUAGGUAGCUAAAAGCUUUGAGCGUCAUCACUCAGACAAAAUGUUUUGCUUUUUAGAAUGUGGUUUACAAAAAACUGUUAUUCAGUCUAUUUAUGUUUGUUUUUCCGUUCAAAAUAGUCACGUGUGCUUGCUAUUUUCCCAUUGUUUUAGCUUGGUCCUCAUCUGUUAAUGCUUAAAAUAUUGCGAUGUGGUGCUAAAAACUUAGCUAGCGUCAUGACUCAGACGCAGUGUUUUGCCUUUUAGAUUGUGUUAGAUGUGGUUUACAUAAAACUGUUUAUAUUUGUGAGGGAAACUGUUAAAAAUUGUCAAAUGUGUGCUAGCUAUUUUCCCCCUCAUGUGAGCUUGUUCAUAUUUAAAUGUGGUGCCUCAAAUUAGCUAGUGUGACAAAGCGAUUGUUUUGACGUCUCUGUACCCUUAGAUGUUGUUAACAUUAAAAGGAAUUAAUGGUAACAGUUACAUACACGGGGCCUGUUUGCAAGUAACUAUAAAGAAACUCAUUACCUGGACGAUGGCACUGCAGUCACAGGCUCCCACAACUCUAUGGCUAACUGCUACUACCACGGCAAGGUGGAGCAUCACGCCGACUCGGACGUCAGCCUCAGUACCUGCACCGGGGUGAAGGGUUUGAUAUCUCUGGAUGGCAGAUCUUACGUGCUGGAACCGUCGGUCCACCACACAGACGGAACUCACUGGAUCUACAGGACUGACCACCUCAGUUUGGCCCCUGGCACCUGCGGCCAUGACUUGAACAUAUCCUACCCAGGUGCACCGCCAGGCCACAGCCCAUUGGGGGCCUUCAGCACCAGGCACAAGCGCCACACCCAGACGACGACGACCAAGUAUGUGGAACUGAUCAUCGUGGCUGACAACAGAGAGUUUCAGAAGCAAGGCAAGGACGUGGAGAAGGUCAAGCAGCGUCUGGCUGAGAUCGCCAAUUAUGUGGACAAGUUCUACAGGGCCCUGAAUAUCCGUGUGGCUCUGGUUGGCUUGGAAGUGUGGAGCGACGUGGACAAGUGUCCCAUCACCCAGGACCCCUUCACCACCCUGCACGAGUUCCUGGACUGGAGGAAAGUCAAGCUGCUGCCUCUGAAGCCGCAUGACAACGCUCAGCUCAUCAGCGGGGUCUACUUCCAGGGUACUACCAUCGGCAUGGCACCCAUCAUGAGCAUGUGCACAGCGGAGCAGUCUGGAGGAAUUGUCAUGGAUCAUUCAGACAACCCUUUGGGCGCCGCCGUCACACUGGCCCACGAGCUGGGCCACAACUUCGGGAUGAACCACGACACACCAGAGAGAGGGUGCGGCUGCAGGGUGACGGUGGACCGCGGAGGCUGCAUCAUGACUCCCUCUACUGGGUACCCGUUCCCCACCGUGUUCAGCAGCUGCAGCAAGAAGGACCUGACGGCCAGCUUUGACAAGGGGGUGGGCAUGUGUCUCUUUAACAUGCCUGAGGUCAAGGUGCUCUAUGGCGGGCAGAAGUGUGGCAACGGCUACAUGGAGGAAGGAGAGGAAUGCGACUGCGGAGAGCUGGAGGAGUGCAUGAAUCCCUGCUGCAACGCCACCACCUGCACCCUGAAGGGCGACGCUGUGUGCGCCCACGGACAGUGCUGCCAUGACUGUCAGCUGAAGCCAGCGGGAACCCCGUGCCGCGAGUCCAGCAACUCCUGUGACCUGCCCGAGUUCUGCACGGGCAGCAGCCCCCACUGCCCCUCCAACGUCUACCUUCACGACGGCCACGCCUGCAAUAGCGUGGAUGGCUACUGCUACAACGGCGUAUGCCAAACGCACGAGCAGCAGUGCGUGACACUCUGGGGAAAAGGGGCCAAGGCUGCUCCAGGGAUCUGCUUUGAAAGGGUCAACUCAGCGGGGGACCCCUAUGGCAAUUGUGGCAAGGACGCCAAAGGCACCUUCGCCAAAUGCGACGCACGGGACGCCAAGUGUGGCAAAAUCCAGUGUCAAGGAGGAGCCAACCGCCCGGUCAUCGGCACCAACGCCGUCUCCAUAGAAACCAACAUCCCCUUACAGGAAGGUGGGAGGAUCCUGUGCCGCGGUACACACGUCUACCUUGGCGACGACAUGCCAGACCCCGGCCUGGUCCUGACGGGCACCAAGUGCGGCAACAGAAUGAUGUGCCUGAAUCGCCAGUGCCAGAACGUCAGUGUGUUUGGCGUGCAUGAGUGUGCUGCCAAGUGCAACGGUCGAGGGCUCGGCAGGACAGGAAAAGUUGAUGAUCGCAGGAAGGAACCAGUAUGUUUUCAUGGGAAUCAUGGGAAUUGUUUCAUUACGUUACUCCAGGUGUGCAACAACAACAAGAACUGUCACUGUGAGGCCCACUGGGCACCCCCCUUCUGCGACAAGUCCGGUUUUGGGGGCAGCGUGGACAGCGGUCCCAUCAGGCUGGCAGAUGGCAUCAGUGUGACGGCGGGUGUCUUUGCGGUAUUGCUCACGCUCCUCGGAGGCAGCGUGGUGGCGUGCGUCAAGAGGAAAACCCUCCAAGGAAUGCUGUCCACCGCCAAGAAGGAUCCAACUGACAAGAUCAGAUCCGUGAGCGCCACAACCAGUGGACCCGCCACCCCCAGCCAGCCUCAGCUCAGGAGCACGGCAUCCCCAUCUCAACCGGCCCCGCCUGUGCCUCAGAGUGCUGCAAUCUUUAAGCCUUCUCAUCGAGGCCCGAGGGCAGAGCUCCCCCCGCCGCCCUACCCCUCCCACAGCCUGCGCAGGUUGCCCCAGUGCCCACCGGCCCACCUCCACCAGCCCCUUUCCCUCACCGUGUCCCUCGCCACGCGACAUCAGCCCAGACCUCCCGCUCCGCCACCGCCACCUCACAGGGUCCCCCUUCCUCACGUUCGCGUCACGCCCAGGGCAUCAGCCAUGGCUUGCCGCGGCGCUUCACGCCAUAAUGCCUGCAGGAUGGUGAUGGAACCGGAGCGUCCCAGUCCUCCUCAGAAGCCCCUCCCCGCCGACCCCAGAACGUUCCACUUGCUGCGAGCCUCCGCAUCGAUACCCGGCUCACUCAGACCUGAUAGAAGCGGCGCCAAGCAGCCCGCCACACUACCAAAGCCUUGCGUCAUCGCCAGCGUCAAAUACAGCAGAUGAAAGCAGGGAUGUCCUGAUCCACAUUUUUUAGCUUCCGAUCCGAUUGUUUUUAAUAGUUUUGCCGAUCCGAUCUGGUACCGAUCCUUUUUUAAUUUUUUUUUAUAAUAAUAAGCUUCUGUUAGAAACAUGAAUUUGUGGAAUUGAAUAUGGUUAUGAAAAUAGCUCUUAAAGGCAUUAAAAGUAAUGCAACCAAAGCAUUGCUGAAUUUACGUUUUUGUUACGCAGCAUGACCAACAACAUUGUUUGGCUUUUGGAACAAACCUGCGUGAGUCCCUAAUCCAAUAAAAGAUCAAAAUUGAAAAAAUGAGCGUGUAAAAUACUUUUAGGGUAGGACUAAUCAUUUGACAUGGUUAUAGAUCACUUUGUGGUGUCAUUUAGAAUAUAUAUAUUUUUUGAUAAACUCUCUUAGGGUCCUAUAAAAUCUUAUUUUUUCCCAAAUUCCAUUUUUUCCGCUGUAAUUUUUUAGAAUUCUGUUUUUUACCUUUUCCACUUAUUUUACCAGCAUAGACUUCAGCGGAAGUCAAGUGGCAACCAGCUUUGAGGAGCAUUACGGCACCUACCAUGUCGGAGUGUGUCUAAGAGUUAGGAACGUUAUAUAGCAACGGGAUCGGCCGAUAUUAUCCGAUCUUCAAAAUACAGCAGAUUGGCAGCCGAUCGGAUCGGGGCAUCCCUCGAUGAAACGACGUGAUGAUGAUGAUGGUGGUGAUGCUGAUGAAAACACAAAACAUUUGCACUACGACGCCCCCCCAAAACCCAACCCCCACCCCCCAUUCAAUCCUCUUAUGGUGCUAGAAGUUCAGGUACGUGAAAAUGAAGUAUUUAUAUAAUUCCCUAUUUAUUUGCCACAUGGUGCACUGUGCCUGACACAUUUGAUACACGUUUAAGAGCCAAGAACUUGUACUUCUUUCAUCUCAUUAACGCCACAAUUAGUAGUAUCACUAGUAGUAUUAAUAAUAGCCAAUCUGUGAAUCUAACAAAGUGAAUGUCAAAACUUCAAAAAGCUGUCCAAAGCUGGAGCCCUUUUCAUUUUGAAGGAUAUUACAGUGCGAGGUUGAAGGGUCAUAUACUAUACGUCAUAUUUUGUACACCUGUGGCUCCCAAACUUUUUCCAGUACCACCUCAAUAAUACUGUGCCAUGCAAGUACCACAGUUUCCUCCUCACUACCUCCGCUUUACCAUCACGGUUUAGCUUGUGGCUUGUACUCGUAGGCUUGUGAGGUGAGUUUGUAUUUGCACAAUUAUUUCAUAUGUAUGUAUCACUAAUAUCAUUUUUAUUUUUUUAUUUUUUUUAUUUUGCCCAUCAUCCACAAUCCUUAUGUGAGACAUGAACACACAUCUUUCUCUUUUCUGUGUGUUCUAGAGCUAUAAAAGAUAUAAAAACAGCUAAAAAGAGGCAAGUAAUGAAUGCACGCAAUGGGACACACCUAUUCCGCCUAGGAAGCCCGCUAUUAAAACACCUCCAAAAACCUCCAGCGAGGUUUUAUGGUUUUACAUACAUGCUGUACCCAUGUCGUAAUAGGUUAAGACUUUUUUUGGGGGACUAUUUUGCCGUACUUUGGUCGUUUAAAGUGUUCCAGGAACUUUCUUCCUUUGCACAUUGAUUUCACAUAGCAACAUAGAAAGGAACACUACACCAAACCUUUAACAUUUUCAAACUAAAAAAAACACACAGCAGCAGUGGCGACAGCUCCAAUAUGUCAGUAUGUUUCAGUAGUGGCCUGAGGCAUUGUGAGCGAGUGUGUGGUGAAGCCAGUUGCUAGCCGCUAGCCUGCGUGGUGUGGCAAGGUGUCACUACACCAGUAACGUUCUUGGGCGUAACAAUGUUAAUAACAAUGCCGCUGUAGCUUGGUUAAUAUGCAGGUCACAUUAUGUAAAUGGACCAUUGUUUUUUAGGCAGAAUAUAUGCUUCCCAUUACAUGCAUCCUUGGCUGCCUCUUUUUAUCUGUUUUUAUAUCUUUAGAACACACAGAAAAGUCAAAUACAUGUGUGUUCAUGUCUAACAUAAGGAUCGUGUAUGAUGGGCAAACUUCCAAAAAAAAGUGCACUUUUCCUUUCAAGUGUACCACCCAAUAGAGCCCGCAUACCACUUGUGGUACUUGCGCCGCAGUUUGAGAACCAAUGCUGUACACCCGAGGUUGGUUCCCAAAGUGGGGUACACGUACCCCUGGGGGUAGGCAGAUUGCCGUAGAGCAGUGGUUCCCAAACGUACCCCUUCAGACAUUUGACCUGAAGUCAUGUACCCCUACUCCUGCACACCUAAAAAACAUGAAUCAUUUUAUCUUAAUGAACUUGAAAUAUUGAACAAAAUUAAUUGUUAAUUAACAGUAUAGUAAUUCCAGGUCAAAAAUGUGUAUUUUGCAUGUUCACAUUUUGAUAGUUUGACAUGAGCACUAAUAAAUAGAUAAGUAAUCAUUCUACAUAGAUUUUAUUCCAGUCUGAUGUUGGCAUUCUUCCGUUUGAAUGCCUUGAAUUUGAGCUUCACUUUUUUCACUUCACUCACGAUGCCUAUGGUUUAAGUCUGCUUAUUAAUUUAAUACCAAAUUGAAGGGGUAAGUUUGACAAUCAUGAUAAAGCAGUAUCCGAAAUACAACGAUACAUACAACUAAUCCCCACUCACAAUGACGGUUUUCACCGCUGCACCGUGCGGGGAAUGGAACACCAAUAUAAAUGAAAUCUUCAAGAUUAAACACUCAAUGUACAAAAUAACCAUCAAACUUACUUAUUUGUUCAUAUGAUGCACACAGAGCAAUGAACAACUUCAUGCUCCGUGUCCUUUCUGAAGGGGUAAGUAAGUUAAGUAAGUUAAAUAAGUUAAGUUUGAUGAUGACGUGCAUUGAAAAUGUUUAAUCUUAAAAGAAAACCCACGCACACACGGGGAGAACAUGCAAACUCCACACAGAGAUGCCCAACGGAGAUUCGAACCCAGGUCUUCCUCAUCUCAUGGCUGGCUGUGUGGCCAACAUGCUAACCACUAGGCCACCAUGCAGACCUCGUAUUUAUUCUAACUGGAGUUGCAUUGUACUGAUUAUUUCCAUGUUGUUGCAGACAAAGCACAGCAAAACAGCAUAAAGAUCACAGUUCACCACAUCUUGCCACAGCUGGUGACCACUCAAAUACUCAAAACACAUACAAAUACAAAUAAAUUCACCAAACAGAAAACAAACCUGCCAGAAGAUAUCGUACCCCCCUAAAACCCUCUCCGUUUUAAAAUAGUAGCCUAUGUGUGCAGUUAAAAUGAAGAUUUUUAAUAUAAUGUCAUAAUAUAUAUUUAAUAACAUAUCAAAGAUGUUUCAAUGUGUGGUUUGUUCUUCCAAGUGUGCAGGAUAAGGGGGUACAUGACUUCUAGUCAGAUGUCUGAAAGGGUACGCAACUGUGAAAAGUUUGGAAACCACUGCUGUAAACCUUUUUAUAGCAUUUCUUUACAACUGCUUCUAAGCAUCAAUUAUGAAUGAUGACAAGAAAUUUGAAGUGUGAACUUACACUGCUUUUAUUUCAAUCUGCUGUUGCUCUGUGGGCACGACGCUGCCCUCUGCAGGUCAAAUGUUGUGCAAUUCUAAAAGAACGACUGAAACUUGAAGCCGACAAAAGACUGCUCUGCUUUUACCGCAACAGCGACAACAAAUAUUCUGUUUUCCUCUGAUUUUUGUCACAUUUUCUCGUAUUUCCUAUACACACACUGCAUUGUUCUGUUGGUGGCAUCACAUGAGCGACAAGAAAAAUGAACUUUUGUUACCUUUUGAUACACUUCUCUUUUGUGAUGCACUACUUUGAUUGUUUUUUUUUUUAAAACAAAACAAUAUGAUAGUGUGUGUGUGAGGUGUGUGUGUGUAAAUGUGUGUUGUCAAUGUAUGUUGUGUUACAGGUGAACACAUUGUAUUUUCCUUUUAUACAACAAAUGUUUGAUACAUCAUA